CACGCAAAGGGCGAUAACCGGUAACUCCCCACUUUCAUCAGUCUUCACUCUACCUGCUAUAGCCGGUGACAAACCAAUCAUCCAUAUAAAAGCCAAACCCCCAAGUAACAACCCAGUUUCAACCUCAUCGUCAUUUGUACCCACGCUCAGCUUUCACUGAAGAUGGCAGACAAUGAGGAAGGAGGGGAUAAGGCUUCUCGUGGGAAUGAAUGGGAGGUUGUAUCUCUCACAGCAUCAACAUAUGCAGCUGCUCCUGGUCCUGAUGAAGUUGAGAUGAAGGAUGAUGGGAAAGUAGAUGUAUAUGCACAGGAUGAAGCAGAGACGUCACGUGCUUUGUUCAUGUCUAGUCACUUUGUUUUUCCACCCAGUCAGCAUGAAAACUUGCCUGUGGAACCUGACUAUAGUGAGAUACAUGAUGAUUCUGGAGACAAAGAUGUUACCUCUGAAGAGACUCCUGAGGAAGUGACCAGACCAAGUGGAAAGGAUGAAGAAAACUUGACAUUACCAGGGUUGGAAGUUUCAGAGGAGUUUGAGGGCAUGCGGUAUUUUGAUGAGAAAAUCAACAGAUUAUCUGUUCGCGGUAAACAGUUUGAGGAAGGUACAACUCUACCAGCUUUUGGUUUGACUGAGAAGGUGGAGAGUAUGUAUGAUCCUGAGAAAUACACUUCUUUCCACGGUGAAACAGCUAUUGGUGGUGUAACAGCGUAUGGUGAAAGCGUAGUUGAGCCUGAAACAACUGAAUUGUCAGAGCAAGGGUCAAAUGUAUCUCCUGAUUUAUCAAUGUCGAAGAACUCUUCCAUAGAUAAUGAGUACAACCCUUCAGGUCUUCCUUGUGGAGCUUGGUGGAAGCGAAGAGCUGCCUCUUUAUAUGCGCAUGCAAAAGAGGCAAAUGCUUUCUGGUCUGUUUUUGUUGCAGCUACUGUGAUGGGCCUUGUAAUGCUUGGCCAACGCUGGCAGCAGGAAAGAGCUUUACAACUUAAAUGGCAAAUCAGUAUAAAUGAUGAGGCGAAGAGCAGGGUGCUUGCUCCCAUUUAUCGACUCAAAGAUGUUAUUGUUGGUGGCCACCGCCGUGGCUCCUUGAUCAGGGGAAGCUCCUCUGGUGAAAGUUAAGGUAAAGGUGGCUCAGUGCUUGUGGCGCCUAUCCUUGUAGUAAAAGUGAAGAUGAUGACGAAAAACUGUAUGUCAGAGAGAGGUUGAGAAUGAAGAGUGCUACAUUUAUGAAAUGCAGGUUUGUUACUAGGAUUGGUUGACCUUCCCCAAUUAUGAAUGCCAAUGUUCAAACAUUUUAUGUUGUGGAUUUUCUUCUUCUUUGUAUUGAUUAGCAUUGUAUAGCUCUUGGAAGUCGUUCAACUUAGUAAGUUAUGUAUUCCGAUUAUGUGAAAUUGGCAGUUUAAAUACAAAAGAUGUAAAUGAAGUGAUUGCUUUAAUGGUGCGUGUUUAGUUUUCCUUU